UUUUUUUGUGGCCGCGUCGCUUGGUUGAUUGAUUGAUUGAUUUUGGCCCCGCCAACUCAUUACGCCUCGUCUUCUCGAUAUACUUGUACAAAAGCUCGACAACAAAAUCCAACUCCACGAUCCAUUUGCCGGCGUUUCCAGGCUUUGUUUCUGUUUACCUUUCAUUAACGCCACCUGCAUCGCCGAGGACAGCCUGGUCCGCCCCUAUCCCGACCCCAAUACGCUCGUUCCCACCGAAACACGAACCCGACGUUGCGGUCGCGGUCACAGUCCUUUUCGAGCUUCAGUUUCUCAAAUAGACCGAUCUUCUACUUCAACCACAUCUCCAUCCGUUUGAUGUGCCUUCUGCAGUCCCGCCGGAGACCACCCUGCCUGCGAUCGAGCUCCACCGUCAGCACUAUAUUGCGCUAUCCAACCACCCGGCCGCUACACAAUACUAUCGCGCGUGCUCACUUCUCAGGGACGCAGCCGCCGGUAGGACGGCUGGCUGCCGCUAUUCCGAUCGACGCAGACGCAAGCCAUCAGGCUUGCCCUUCUUGGCCAUGCCACCCUACCCGGCGCAACAAACACAGAACGUCCUCAUCAUUGGCUCUACCGGAGUGAUAGGAACGUACAUCACGCGGGCAAUUGUGGACGAAAGAGACAAGUUUGGGCGAAUAUGUAUAUUCACGAGUCAAAAGACGAUGAUGCAGAAGAUCCAGGAUAUUGCUGCAUUAGAAGCAUGGGGCGUGGAAAUAUUCACCGGUCGCCUGGAGAGUGAGCGCUCCUUCAAGAGGGCCUGCGAAGGCAUCGAUACGAUCGUCUCUUGCGUCGGCCGUGGCGGUAUCGAAAAGCAGAUGAACCUGAUCACCUGGGCGGAACAAGCCGGUGUGCGUCGAUUUUUCCCGUCCGAGUAUGGCACCGACAUCGAAUACUGGCCUGAAUCCGCUCAAGAACCACCUCAUCAACUCAAGCUGAAAGUAAGAGCUCACAUGAAAACGAUGAAGAGACUGGAACACACCUAUUUGGUGACGGGACCGUACAGUGAUUUAUACUUUGGCACCAUGAAAGCCCGGCCAGAACUGGGCGAAUUUGAUGUAAAGGAGAGAAGAGCAGUUCUGCUAGGGGAUGGGGAUGGACCCGUCAGUUUUACAGCCAUGACUGAUGUUGGAAAGUUUGUCGUUGCAGCUCUUGUCAACCCAGCCGCAUCGAGGAAUACGACUCUUGUUGUUCAUUCAUUCACGGCCACGCCGCACGAAAUCUUGGCCGAGUACGAAGAGCAAACUGGAUGCAAGUGGGAGAAAUCCUAUACCUCUCUGGAGCGACUAAAAGAGAUUGAGAAGGAGGAAUACCAGGUCUAUUCAGCACUCGCGACAGUCGUGACAUUGCGACGCAUCUGGACAGAGGGGGGCACACUCUACAAAUUCUACGAUGAGGGAAUCCUGGGUCAGAUAGACUCGGAAACACUGGAGUCCCAGGUUAGGUCAAAUAUCCGAAAGCAAGAAGAAGGUGAAGAUCAUUUCCCAAGUCUAAUGAGGAAAUUGAGUCUUCAGUAGAGCAUGGCGCAAAGAGGUGGACGUUGUAAACAGGAGCAGUGCACAGGAAUACUGUACAUUUACGAAGAAUUAUGAGUCUAUGAAUGAGCAUAGCCAUGCAUCCGCGCGGUCGUUCGGAGUGUACUCUGGCUACGGAUACCAGGAGAAGGAAGUUUUUUACAUUCUCAGCAUUCUGGAUUGGGGGCGAGGAAGAGGAAGAACAUACCUAGAUAUAUAUACUACCAUUGUCGAUAUGUACGGACACGGUCUUGUCUACCACAGUAAGUUAGUGUUAAUACCUUAUGCGACAGAGGCC